ACGCCCGAGUGCAAGCUCUGCGCCGCCGAGGAGAGCCGCGGCGAGCCCCAGAGCCAGCACAAUGCAGGCCACCGCCGAUUCCACCAAGAUGGACUGUGUGUGGAGCAACUGGAAAAGUCAGGCUAUUGACCUGCUGUACUGGCGGGACAUCAAGCAGACGGGGAUCGUGUUUGGGAGCUUCCUGCUGCUGCUCUUCUCCCUGACCCAGUUUAGCGUGGUGAGCGUCGGGGCCUACCUGGCCCUUGCCGCACUCUCAGCCACCAUCAGCUUCCGCAUCUACAAGUCUGUUUUGCAAGCUGUGCAGAAAACCGACGAGGGCCACCCUUUCAAGGCCUACCUGGAGCUGGAGAUCACCCUUUCUCAGGAGCAGAUCCAGAAGUACACGGACUGCCUGCAAUUCUACGUGAACAGCACACUUAAGGAACUGCGGCGGCUCUUCCUCGUCCAGGACCUGGUGGAUUCCUUAAAGUUUGCAGUUCUGAUGUGGCUCCUGACCUACGUUGGCGCACUCUUCAAUGGCCUGACCCUGCUGCUCAUGGCUGUGGUGUCCAUGUUCACUCUACCCGUCGUGUACGUGAAGUACCAGGCACAGAUAGACCAGUAUCUGGGACUCGUGAGGACUCACAUAAACGCUAUCGUGGCAAAGAUUCAGGCUAAAAUCCCAGGUGCUAAAAGGCAUGCCGAGUGAACGGAGUGAACCGCUGUCCCACCGGGGACACAAACAGGAAUGUCCGGAGUGGUAACAGCUCUCUUCUUACUCGUUACUGCAAAUCGAUUGUUUUCCCCCCCAGUACCAUAAUCUUAGAGACAAACUUGACAACAGCUGUUUUCAGGCUGUUUCUGUACUCUUAGGAUAUUUGAGUCACUUGUGUCAAGCACUAAAGUAUAGAGAAAAGUGUAUUAGAUGUGGUUUUUAAUUUCGUGUUGCUAAAAAAAGUGCAUGAUGGUGAGAGCCCAAGUCCUCUUUCCUCCUUCGGUGUUCCUCCUCUUCUCUCUGCAAUGCUUCUGUAGCU